UUCUAUAUAUGUACUUAUUCAUUUAGUAGUCAUGCUGCGUUCUUCACUUCCGCUACGACUGCGAGGAAACAAGAGCAACAUUGAAUUGAAUUCAAAUCGUGAUAGUAGAUCACGUAAACCAACACAAUGAAAUACCGAAUGUCAAUUUCAAUCCCCCAAUUUCAUUCAUGUGCAACCAAAAAAAAAUUAAAGUCGCAAAAAAAAAGUUUACCCGACGCUGCACUCCGUCAUCACCCAAGCGCUACCCAACAACCUCCGCCUCCGCCUCCGACACACCCCAAAAGCCAAUCAUCCAUCCUCACACCCAACCAACAACACUCUCACGAAAGGAAUUAUUAAAAAAAUGCCACCACCUCGCCCCGUCCACAUCGGCCCGCGAAUGUCCUACACAGGCCCGAUCCUCUUCCAAACCUUCUUCAUCCUUUACACAAGCUACGACCUCUUCCGCGUCUACAAGGGCGUGCACCCAGUGCUAUCGCCGAAACUCGCAAACGUGGGUCUCUACGGCACCCACAACCACCCUUCCUCCUCCUCCUCCUCCUCC